AUAAAUGGCUAAUCCUAAUAUUCCUGUUGAAUUUAAUAAAGAUGACGAUGAAUUGAAAUGUCAUCCUUCUCAAAGUGGUUCCACAGCUACUCCAACCCUAUUUGAGAAUCAAAACAAUUCUAAAACAUUCUGUGCAUAAUUUUUUGAAGAUUAAUUACAUCAAGAUGGUAUAUAAUCAAUCUAAUUUAUUAAAGAUGAUGAAUUUGAUGAAUUGAAUCAAUAAUUAAAUCAAGUUUUACUAAAUGAUUCAUUUAAACCCUCCCUUACAUAAGCUUUUACUGCUGAUAUGUAUUUUCUAUUUUAAAACGAUUAGGUCAUCAUAUCUAAGUCAUGAAAAGUUAACUAAAAAUUCUAGAAAGAUGUAAUUAGAAUAUUAGAAUGCUAAUUAAAGAGAAAAAGACUUUGUAUUCAACACUUAUAUUAAAAAUGAUAUUGAGAAUUUUAGUCUAGAUAAAUAUAAACAUUAUGUACUUGAAAAAAUUAUUGAAGUUGGUAAUCUUUCAUUAUUUAUAGUCUAGGUCCACCAUCACAUAGAAAUCUUAUAUUAGAUAGAAUAUAUAAUCAAAUUAAUAAACUUAUCAAAGAUCUUUAUGCUUGUAAAGUUAUGUAGAAAGGUCUUGAAGUUAUGACAUAUAAUCCAUAAGAUUCAAAAGAAUAACUUGAUAAUUAUCUUUGUUUUAUACAUUAAGAUAAUACUUAAAUGAAGAAAAUAUAUAUUGAUAAAAUUGCAAAUCAAAUUAUUUAAAAGAGCUUGGAAAUUUUAGAAGGAAAUAAUCUAUUAAAAUUGCUUUAAAUUCUUAAUAAAUAUGUAUAUGAUUAAAUUCUAUAUUUAGAUUCUCAAUAACAAUAAAGAUAAGUUUGAAUUAUCAACAGAUUAAUAUGGAUGUCUCAUUGUCAAUAAAAUUAUAGACAUAUACCCAAAAUAAUUUGAUGUUUAAACUAAAUCAAUUUGUAAUAACAUUAUAGUUAGAACUAUCGAAAACUGUUCUUGUCUUACUAGAAGAUAGUAUGCUAAUUAUAUUAUUUAAUAAAUAUUGGAAAAAGGAUAAGAAAUUCAUAAAAGAUUACUUAUGGAUUAAUAUCUCAUUAAAGACUUUAUCUCAAUGUCUAUGGAUAAGUAUGGCAGCAAUGUAGCAGAAAAAGCUAUUAUCUAUGCAGGAUCCUAGUGGAGAAUGAAAUUAUGGGAAGAAGAAGUAUCUAUUUCUGAGAGGUAUAAUAUACAUCAUAUUUUAUAGCUCUUUUAAGAAAUUGAUUAAUGAUUAAUAUGCUAACUAUCCAAUAUAAAGAUUAUUUGAAUAUUUAGAAUAAUUAUAAAGAAAUGAAUUUAUUGCUUUGCUAAAUAAAUUACAAGAAAACAAUUAAUUAAGUAAUCAUGGCUAAAUUGUUUAGAAAUUCGCUCAAGCCAAUUAUUCUGUUAAAAGAUUCACUUAAAAAAUUGUCUAAACAGAAAUAUAAAAACAAAAUAAGAACCAAGAAAAAAAUAAUAAUAAUAAUAAACAAUCCAAAAAUCAAAAAUAAUAAUAAAUGAAUUAAUAAAUUCCUACAUUUUAGAUGUUAUAGUAAUAGUAAUAAUAAUUAUAUCAAUAAUAAUAAUAAUAUUAAUAAUAAUAUUAAUAAUAUCAAUAAAUGUACUUAUAAUAACAAUAAUAAUAUAAAUAAUUUGAUCAAUAAUAGUAUCAAGCUGCUGUUAUGCAACAAAUGUUAUUUCUUUAAUAAUAAUAACAAUAACAUUUAUUAGCUUAAAUGCCAUAAUUUUAUAAUUAAGAUGUGAAUUACAUGCCUUAUCCAAUUAUGUCAUAAGAAUAAUAGAUGAUGAUGUUAAGAUGGAUUCAACAGUAGUAAUAACUUUGCAAUACAAAUAUUCAAUUUCAAAAUGGAUAAUAAAAAUGA